AUGUUUUGGGACUUUGUGACUUGUGAGGAUGCUAAAGGAUGCGAUGAGAUUGGAGACAAAUGGGCAAGCGCAGGAAGGGGUGCAAAUUUUUGUAAGACAUCACUCCCAGCAACUGAAGAGCAUGAAUCCUCAGUUUUAGAGAAGUUAUUUUUGCCUAGGAACUGUGAGGAUGUGUUAUCAACUGAAGACUGCGAAAUGUUAUACCAGUUUGUUUAUACCACACAUCGUCCGCUUGCAGUAGCAGCUGGGGAAUUCCUUUAUAACAGGCUGCUUAGUCAUGAGGGAGAUGAAGAAAUUCAGCCCAAAGGAGGAGGGAAGUUUGGGGCGAGUACUGACCAGUUGAAAAGAUUAAUACAUUUUUUCCUGGAGAGUGAGCUACACAAACAUGUUACAUACCUCAUAGACAGCUUGUGGGACUGGGCAGGCAAUUUCCUGAAGGACUGGGAGUGCAUGACCACUCUUCUAUUAAAAGAUGCUGAAGAAGAUGGAGAAGCACUGAGUGAUGCCCAUGCAAGUGCUCUCAUUGAAAUUAUCCUCGCAACGGUUAGAGAAGCAGCUGAAGGUCAUCCUCCAGUGGGCAGAGGUGCAGCCAAAAAAAUUCUGUCAGUAAAAGAGAAGAAAAUACAAUUGGAAGAUUGUACCAAAAUUACUAAACACUUUAUUAUGGUGCUUCCUCAGCUCUUGGCAAAGUAUUCAACAGAUGUACAAAAAGUGGCAAAUCUUCUGCAGAUUCCUCAGUAUUAUGAUUUAGAUGUUUACAGUACGGGACAUCUAGAGAAGCAUUUGGAUGCUUUGCUGAGAGAGAUAAAAGACAUUGUGACCAAACACUCUGACAUAUCUGUCCUUGAGGCUUCUUCCAGGACUUAUUAUAUCCUCUGCAGUGAAGAAAUUGCCAUCUACAGCAAGGUGGAUUGUGCCCGAACUCAACUGAUAGAUGAGUUGAUGGGGCAGCUUAACCAGCUACUAGAUGGCUUCUGGCAAAAGGAAGAAGGAUUUUGUACGGAUGCAGGAGAAAUUUCCCGAAUGCAGUCUGCUUUGAGAAGAGUAGCAGCUUUUCAUAAUGCCCAUGACCUCACUAAUUGGAAUCUGUAUGACAAGACUUUAAGGUUGCUGGUGUUUGAAAUGGAACAUGGGAGUUUGCCUGUUCAGAUGAUCCUGCCAGCUCUCCAGUGCACGUAUUUUUCUCUCCUGUGGCAACUAGCUGCAGUUUCGGAAAAUUCUCCCAAGACUCUUUUUGCACUAAGAAGAGAGCUGAGACAUUUCAGUCAGAUUUGCAUAUGCUUCCUCCACCAUAGAGAAAAAGAUGUAAGAGAAAAGGCCUUCAUGAUACUCUGUGACUGGUUGCUGAUUUUGAGUCAUCAGGAUUCAAAUAAUAACGAAGAAGCAGUUGGACUUAUAGAUUAUCUUCCUAGCACAUCACUUCAGGAAAAACUGCUUUUGUUUAUCCAGGACCAUGUUUUCAUGGAGCAAGAAGAGGAAAACAAAGAUCUGACAGGAGAGGAGGAGAGAAAGGAUGAAAGUUGCAAACUUGAUGACUUGCACAAAAAGCGGAGUCUUCUUGCAGCAUAUUGCAAGUUAAUAGUGUAUAAUGUGGUAGAGAUGACUGCGGCUGCUGAGAUCUACAAGCAUUAUGUGAAGACCUACAAUGAUUUUGGAGACAUAAUUAAAGAAGCGCUAAGCAGGACCAGGAACAUUAACAAAAUUCAGAGUACCAAGACACUGAUUCUCUGUCUGCAGCAGCUAUUUCAGACACAUGCAGAAAGCCAAGACAGCAGUAGCGGUGUGGACAUCUCCUCUGCUUCCUUCAUAAAUAUGAAAGAACUUGCUCGUCGCUUUUCACUAACAUUUGGCUGGGACCAGGUGAAAUCUAGAGAAUCUGUAGCUAUGAUACACAAGGAAGGGAUUGAAUUUGCUUUUCGAGGAGCCACUGGAGCAGAUGGAAAGUGCUUGCCUCCUAACUUGAGCUUUCUGUUAAUCAUCAGUGAGUUUUCCAACAAGCUGCUAAAGCCUGACAAAAGACUAGUGUAUGCUUACUUACAGAGGUAUAUAGCAGAACCACUGCCUUGCAGAGGAGAUGAAUGGCAGCCAUUGAUUUGGUACAGAAACUCUCUACUGGCAAAUGAAGAUGAGGAGAGCUCUGUCCUUGGCAGUUCUGGAGAGUGGUUCCCUGUGGGCACAUCUAAGACAUCUUCUUUUAAAAGGAAAUUGUCUAAUGGGUCUUUGCCUGAAACCAGCCAGACUGAAGCAGCAAGCAAAGCUCCAGACCUGCAGUGUGCUUCCCAGCUUGCUUCUGCAGCAGGAAAAAGCAGAAAGAGGCUGAAGUCUCGAGAGAUGCACUUGCAGGAACAUUUGCCAUUCCUUUGUCCAGGAGGGCUGCAGAGAAGAUACUGCAAAGAUGAGAUUAAGAAAGAAGAUGUCUCAGAGGAGGGUCAAGCAGAAGACACAACUGAAGAUGUCGAUGUUGAUGUGGUUGGUGCAGACCAGGUUGUGGGCGUUAUGAACGUCAUUCCUCAGCUGCAUCCUGGUCUUUGCUGCUGCCUUGGAACAGUUCCCAACCAAAGGAUUGGAAUCGGGGUAUUGAGAAAUAGUGACUCAAUAGUGACUGACUUUGUAAACUAG